CCCGGGGGUGCUGAGACCCGAGCUGAGCCGAGCGCGUAGACCCUGUACUCCAGCCGGCCCCGAACUCCAGCGACGCUGGGUCUGCCCAGCCCCCAGGCAGCAGGAACCCUAUCAAGUGUGUUUCCCCAGCCAUGGACAGCCCUAGCCUUCAGGAGCUUCAGCAGCCUCUACUAGCAGGCAUGGCCUACGAUCCCCUGGCCCAGAAGCCCGUCGGACCUGAGCUGGGGCCCCCCUUCAGAGAGACAGGUUUUGCAGAGUCUCUGAGGGGCUGGCAGCUCCCACCACCACCUCUUCCCUCUGUGAGUGCCGGCCUGGGGGAGCCAGGGUCUCUGGAUCUCGAGGACACGUCAUCCAGUGACAGUGACUCUGACUGGGAUGGGGGCGACAACCUCUCCCCGCUUCUACCCCAUGACCACCUUGGCCUGGCAGUCUUCUCCAUGCUGUGCUGCUUCUGGCCCGUGGGCAUCGCUGCCUUCUGUUUGGCUCAGAAGACCAACAAGGCUUGGGCCAUGGGGGAUAUCCAGGGGGCAGGAGCCACCUCCCGCCGCGCCUUCCUGCUGGGGGUCCUUGCUGUUGGCCUGGGCCUGUGCACAUAUGCAGCUGCCCUGGUGACCCUGGCCGCCUACCUUGCCUCCCGAGACCCGCCCUAAUUGCCUCUCCGGCCCCUGCUGUG